UUUCUGAAAAGUCGAAAGAGUUUUUUAUCGAUUUCAGUGAAUAAUUGUCGUGCGACAAACGAAAUUUAGGCCGUAGGCCUCAUGUUUUCGAAAAUGCUCGAUUGUCAUUGGUGGAAUCGUUAGUGUAAUAUGUAUACAGCCUUAAAUCGCCUAGGUUUUUCCGUGUGCCAUGGCCCUAGUAGACACGCGUUUUGAGUUUCGAGAUCGGUGUGAGCCGUGAGCGAUAUCGCUUUGUUACUAAUUUCGUAACGUUUAUCACGAGUAUAGAAGCGUCACGAACGUUUACCUGUCAUCUGGUCGUGUGACGAAAAGAUCUUGGACGAGAUUUGUAUAUACACAAAAGAAAUCGGGGGGCGAUAUUCCAUUAUCGUAAUUAUACAUUACGAGGUUAACGAGAUUCGUUGGGCAGGAACGUACAACAUGCCAAAAAUGCCAAUUCGAAAACCCAAGAGGGUUGGUGUGCUGACCAAAAGGACGCAGUGCUUGAGGAAUCAUUACAAAGAACGGAUAUCAUAUAGACCACUGUAUGAGAAAUUGAAGAACAACAAUAGUUAUUUGGCCAAGGCGCUUUCGAAAGAGAAGCAGAAUAGUCAGUCACUUUUCACGCAGAAUGUAGAACUAAUUGGAGAGGUUCAACAGUUACAUCUGGUAUGCAACACGCGAAAUACUGUAAUAUCAAAUGUACUAAAUAAUGCAAAGGAAAUACUAAAAAUGUUGGUGACAAUGACUGGUUAUAUGACAAACACUAUCUCUAUGUGUCAAGAACAUGUUGCUUCCAAUAGUACUGUGAGACUGUCAUCCGCUUCAGCUGGAAGGAAAGAAUCGACCACUAGAUUAUCAACAAAAUCACCAGCUAAAGGUGUCGUGAAGCCUAUGGUGGGUGGGCAUACUAUUACUAAGCCCACAAUUAAUUUAAGCCGGGUUAAUAUGGAAAGUAUUAAUAAUAUAUCGAGACUAAGUGAUAUACAAGAAGAAGUAACUUCACCUAAUAGAAGCCAGGAAAUAAAUAAUGAGACUAGAUCGCCAAUUAUGCCUACCACACCUCUAAGAUAUGAAAAUGGUCGUACGUGCAGACUGCCAGAAAGACUCACAAUUUCUUCGCCCAUUGUUAAUGUGGCAGACGAACAAAGAUUAAGAAGAAGAAGGAGAAGUCACCAUUCAAGAUUGUCGGUAUCUUUUUCGCGAUCGCGAAAUAGAUGGUCCGAAAUAGAUGAAACUCCAACAACUACGGGACAUAUUAAUGUAAUUGGCACCAGGAUUGAUAUUGAAACUCAGGAGAGUAAUGGUGACACAUCUCCUGAUCUAUCAGACAGAGUAAACGCAACAUCAGAAUCGCAGGUGUCGAUUAACUCGAGCGAGGAAGAUGAAACGCACGUGGACACAUCGAAAAAAGACCUUGAUAUGCAAAUAAGUAAUAAUAAGGUCUUUAAUAAAGAUAUUAGUAGGAAUUUGAGUGUAGCGGAAAGUUGUAACUCAAGACCGUCACAAAAUAAUACUAAAACUUGGGAGGAAGAUCCACUGGAAGGUCCGAGCUGGCUAUUUAACAAUACUAUGCCGUCGCGGGAUAACGAGCCAGAGGAAGUCGAUCCUGUUGACGAUUCUGACGUUAACAAUAAUACAUCACAAGUAAUAGUGUAUGAUGAUUCGAGCGUCACAGAAAGCAACGUAGAAGAGACAUCGAAUCUAAACGAAUCUAUGAGCGAUAUGCAAACUUCAGAGAGAGACACAGCGCCCAUUGCCGAGCGUUCCGAAUCGUAUCCGCCCGAGCAGGAUGUGGAUGGUAAUAUUUGCGAGAUACUGCCGGUGGAGACUGUGUCCAACCAUGAAAAAAGUUUGGAUAACGUAGAAGACAGUAACGCGGAUGAUACAAUGAAAUUUGCGAGUUUCGUGACGCUGAGACGAGGGCACUCCGAGGCGCCGGAAGAGACGGAAGACUUUACGUUAAUGUGUCGUCCAUCCGCACAAAAUAUGCAAUUUAAUAUCAACGAGCUGCGAUUGCCCACUUUGGAGGAACCCGUGAUAAAUGAUUCCGCUGUCGGUAACGAAAUUGACACCGAAGUCAUCGCCGCGAUACCAAGAGUUACGAAUAAUAUUCCGGUGGCACCUGUGUCGAAUCGGAGUUUGAAUGACUCCAAUUACAACCAUAUCACGAGAAAACUGCCAUUAAUUGUAAUUGACGAUCACAGGAGAACGUUGAUACUGCAAAAGACGAAGCAUUCCGAUAAAAAUAGUAAUAAAUCGAAAACGUCGAGCACGAAAGACCGAACGAGUCAUACUGAAAAUUCUUCGACAGUUAAGAAUAUGACGAAGCCGAGAAACAAAUCGGAGAACAAUCGAGAUCCGAGCGCAGCGAAAGUCGUUUUGGAGAAGCUCAAUGAAUCCCAUGUUAAGCCUAGGGUGUCGGCCAAUGAUUCCCAAAAUGCUAAUAACGUCGCGAAAGACAUCACGUCGGAUGAAGAAGAAAAUCCACGAGACUCCGAAAGUACCUACGCUUCAAGUCGUCCUCGACGAAGAAAGGCGCCGGUAAACUUGAAAGAACCCAACUUAAACAAGAAACUGAGACGAGACUAAAAGGGAGGAUUGAUACGCAUAAUCAAGAUUUAAUGAAGAAAAUUGUUACAUCACAUUAUCAAUAUUGAUAACAAUGCCUCUUUCCGUAUCGAGUUUUGACAGAAUGAUGUAAACGAGUUUGUAUUACAUGUAAACUAUCUGAGUAGCUACCAAGUUUCAUAAUCAAUGGCGUUUAUUAGUUGCUAUCUUGAGAGAUACAGUUAAUUCAACUGGCCCAAUAGUCGCGCGGGAACGUCAUAUUCCCGAUACAUUACUUCUUCCACUGAUAUGCCGCACAUACUAUAUAAUUGGCCUUUGUAUCAUUAUUAUUUUAAGCGUUAAUACGUACAAAACAUGCCCAUAUAUCUUCCUUUUACGAUACUAUUGGUAUUCUUUUGUAUGCCACCAGAAUUAUUUUAACCCUAAUCCCUCCAACCAGGCACUUUCGUGUCCCACGCGUUUCUAAUGUCGCUUUGUUCUGGACGUUAGUUCCGGAAAACCAACGGCCGUGGGAUAAUUCCCCCUACCCCUAAAAAAAGUUGUUAUAGUAGGGAACAUCAAGUAGAAAUUUCAGAGCCCUAGUUCAUUUACUCUCGAAACGGCAAACAGUCAAAAUCUCGUUGAUUAAAUGGAAAAAACGUUAGAGGGAUUAGGGUUAACAAACAUAACCGGGAUAUAUAAAUUGUUAGUAAAUUAUUUUCUCCUCUGGUUCAAUAAUUAAUUUACGAUUACAAUAUACGUUUUUUUUUUACAUUUUCAAGCGUUUCGAAUUUUUUCCAUUUUCCACCAAGCCGAUGCAUUUUUAUUAUUGUUUGCGUUACCAAUUAGACAGACGAUUAGCCAUGCGUAUUAUAUGAUGUCCAAUAUUUUUUUAUAUUAAUAUCGUGUGAAAAUAAUCAGAAACAUCAUACUCAAUUCCCCCGAUGGACAAAUCUAUACUUUUAAAUCUACUUUUAAUCCUUUUCAAGUUAAGUUGCAAAUAUUAUAAUUCUAUACGCAAUUCAAUAACAGAUUUCACUAUACAUUGUA